AUGGAACCUCCGCUGCUCAAGCGGCUGGCGCGCUGGCUGUUGGUGGUGCCGCGCUUCCUCGCGUCGGCCCUGGCGCUCUGCCUGCUCGACCUGCCGUGCGUGCGGCGGCGAGCGAUGCGCUCGCUGGCCGAGGAGGCGCGCCGCUCCGGCACGGCCGACACCGACCCGCCGUGGCGUAUCUCCGACUCGGAGCGCACGUUCACGCGGGCCUCGCUCGCCGCCGUGUGGCGCGGCCACGUCCUCGACGCGUUCAAGGAGGCGUGGGCAGGCGGGCUCGCGCCCAACACGCCCGUCGAGCGAUUGGACGGCGGCGGCCCGAGCGACGGCGCAAGUGGCGGCGGCGGGGAUGGCGGCGGCGACGCCGGCAGCACCAGCGCGCGCGUUCUGGACUUUGCGCACGGCUCACGGCCGCUCGUGCUGAGCUUUGGCAGCGGCAGCUGACCGCCGUUCAUGGCGCGGCUGGGCGCGUUCGGGCGGCUGGCGCGGGAGUUCAGGCCCGCCGCCGACUUCCUGCUGGUGUACGUGGAGGAGGCCCACCCGCUCGACGGGUGGAGCACCGGCGACGCCCCGUUCCAGCUGCCGCGCCACCGCAGCCUGCCCGAGCGUCUGGAGGCCGCGCACCGCCUGGCGGGCCUGCUGGGCCCCGCGUGCCCCGUGGUGGCCGACACGAUGCGUAACGAGACGAUGGCGGCGUACGGCACCGCCUUCCUGCGCCUCUACAUCCUGCAGGCCGGCGUCGUCGUUUACAAGGGCCCCAGCGGGCCCGAGGGGUACCGGCUGAGCGAGGUGCAAGCUUGGCUCAGAGACUUUACCGCGCGGCAGCAGCAGCAGCGGCAGCAGCAGCUGUGCUCGUUACUCAGCGUUUAAAAGCGCCGUCAGAGUGCAGGCACCUGCCUUGGGGGUCGGUGUCGAGGUCACAGUUUUGUAAAUCUUGCUCAGCGGUGAAUAUUUUUUCUUCUUUUUUACUAAGAGAAUAAGUGCAGUAAAUACUGUUGUUGCCUUAAGGGGAUCUGUAACAGUUUACAUCGACGUCCACUGCUCUUGGAAAGAGGAAAAACGAAAUUUGCAAUUGGA